CCAUUAAAAUCACAUAACUUAUAUUCCUUCUCCCAUUAAUUCAUUAUCGAAACUGCAAAAUAUCAAAAGCCAAAAGGAAUAGGUUUUUGUCAGAAACGCAAAAGUUUUUUGUUCUCCCUUACUCUGCAAAAUGGCCGCUCAUAUUGGUGGUGGUAGUGUAAACGGGGAUCGAAACACAGUGAAAGGAGUGACCAUUGAUGUUUGCAAUGAGAAAGGCAAUGGGAGAAGGUCCUAUAUUACCAUAUCUUCUGAUAGUAGCAGUUCCGAUGAUGAAGAAGAAAAAACCGGAGAAUUUAAAUGGGAAAAGGAAAUAGAUUUUGGAUAUGUAUCAAGCAAGAAUGUCAUGAAUUUUCCUUGGCAAGUGACUAAGGAGUGGUUUGGUAGGAACCAAAAAUCAAUAACCCUAGUUGAUGGAGACAACGGUGACACUUACAAUGCAGUUAUCCGUUGUGCUAAGAGAUUUGGGAAAGUUGAAUGGAGGGAGAAGUUCAUGUGUAAGGGUUGGUACGAGUAUGCAAAGAAAAAGAGGAUUCGAAGAAGAGAUGUCCUUGGGUUUGCCAUUAAGCGUCCUGCUGAUAAAGUUGUUGUCAAUUUGUUAAAGAGACAAAAUCAAUGGUGAACAAAAUUGAAGGCCACAGGGACUGUUGUGAUGUUUCUAGAUUAUAUAGUUGUUUAGUCUGACUUUGACAUCAGAAUAUGUGUUAUUUUGUAGUUGAUAUUGUCAUUUUGGGUGGUAGUUUAGUAAGUAAGAUGUAUGGGUUGUAAUUUGUACUUUUGUUUGGAUGGUUAUCCGGAACAGUGUUUCUACCAAUGUUUUUUGAUAUGUAAAUCCUGAAGACAUUUUU